UUUCGUCCACAGUGGUUGCAAGUAUUUAAUAACUCUUUUUGGUUACUUAUCAUCCUAUGUUAUUUUAGUACAAUCGGAACAGCAUUUCUCGGAUUUAAAGCUGUUAUUGCUCCAAUUUUGGAAAAACGAUAUAAUAUGACAUCGACAGAAGUCGGUGCUAUUAUGAGUUCUGCCGAUAUCUCCGCUGCAAUUAAUGGCAUUUUGUUAACAUUUUAUGCUAGCCAAAAGCAUAAAGGUCGUUGGAUCGGCUAUAGCUUACUUCUCUACAUAGUUGGUACAAUGUUGUUUGUAGCCCCUCAUUUCCUUGUCGAUGACUACUAUUAUCUUGAAGAUGAUAGCGGUAAAACUUUAUGCCAUAGAAGCAUCAACACAACAUCAAUCGAUGAAAAAUGUUCAAAAAGUUAUGAGCCUUCAACAUUUUGGAUUUGUCCCUUUUUAUUCGUCCUAGGACAAAUUUUAUGUGGCGCAGGUAACGCUACACGAUAUAAUUUAAGUGUAGCAUAUUUAGAUGAAAACGUUAGCCCCAUUAUCUCUCCGUUAUACGUUGGUAUUAUUCAUAUGAUGAGCAUUAUCGGUCCAACAUUAGGAUAUGUUAUUGGCGGUGCUUUAACAAAUGUAUACGUUGAUUGGCCUAAAGAUCCACCUAAUGGUUUAACUUCUAAUAGCGUUGCAUGGGUUGGAGCUUGGUGGAUUAAUUAUCUAGGUAUUGUUGUUCUAAUUGCAUUAACAGUUUUAUUCGUGUUUGCAUUUCCACGCCAUUUACCAUCAUACUACAAUACACGGCAAGAGAGAAUUAAGGAAGCCACAGUGGCUACUCAACAUAUGGAUUAUCAGUAUGGAAAUCGUAUGAUCGAUUUACCAAAAGCAAUCAAACAGUUGUUAUCCAAUAAAAUUUUUAUGUUUGCAAGUUUCGGCAUUACUGUGGAUAAAGUAGCUAUCAAUGGUCUUACAAUGUUUCUUCCUCAAUACAUUCAAGCCCAAACAGGCUAUUCGUUGUUGGUAGCUAGUAUGCUCGGUGGUGGUUUGAUUUCUUUCAUUGCCUCUGUAGGCCAAGUUGCGGGUGGCUAUGUAAUCAAACGCUGGAAAUUGAAAGGAUCUCAAAUUUCCAGAUUUUGCUUCUUCACAAGUAUUUGUAACUUUCUUCUAGGAGGGGUAUACUUGAUAUCAUGUCCUAAUAUACCCAUUGCUGGUGUGAAUAUCCCGUAUGCCAAUAUAACAUACAAGGCGGCAUGUAAUAGUCACUGUUUGUGCGAUUCCGUUCCAUUUGAACCUGUAUGCGGUGGUGAUGGCAUAUCCUAUUUAUCCCCUUGCCAUGCCGGCUGCAGUAGUUUAAAAGAAUCUGAUUUUAAUAAUAACCUUGUUUAUAAAAAUUGCACUUGCGUACCUUCUGCUACACCAGGAUUUUGUCAAGUUCCAAUUUGUCAACCUUUAUAUGCUUUAAUGAUCGGUAUAACUUUUUCAGUUAUUGCUGCUUAUAUUUCUUAUUCGCCAACAUUAACAGUCAUCCUUAGGAACGUCCCGGAAAGCCAGGUAUCGUUUGCUUUAGGAGUAUUGGGGUUUAUGAAAAGAAUGAUAGGAGGAUUACUAGGCCCAAUAUUCUUGGGUAUAGUCAUGGAUAAAGCAUGUUCGCUCUGGAACAUUGAGUGUGAUCAUAAUCAGUUUUGCUGGCAGUAUGACAACAGAGAUAUGAGCAAGAAUAUGUUUAUAACUAUGAUUGUUUUUAAAGGAAUGCAGGUCAUUAUUUAUGCCGUACUUUGGUACUUUCAU